UCGGUCAGAUAAGUUCGUGAUGGAAGUAGCGCUAUCCAUGCGUGGCUUCGGUUUCUCGUUGUUGGACCUCAAACCCUCAGAGGUCGCCUAUGUGGCAUUGUCUGAUUUUAACAUGUCGUAUAAUCAGACAACCUUCCACCAGACUGUGGAGAUGAGCGUCGGUGAUUUCCAGGUACGUGUGGUGUGGUUCUAG